AAAGGAGCUCCCUCUUCCUCGAUUGAUACCCCCACAUGUUGUUCCUUUGAAGGAAAAUGGUUUCCCUCUCAAGAAGAGAAGAGUUCAGAUGGCAAGACCAGGACUUGCAGAGAAAGGCCAAUCGAUAGCUCUAUUAACAAACCAUUUAAAAUUUUCUGUCCAAAAUAUAGAUAAACACUUCUUUCACUAUAGUGUUAACCUGAAAGAUCAAGACGGCCAACCUAUAGGUGGGAAGGGUAUUGGAAGGAAGGUUAUUGAUGAGAUGGAACGAACUAAUAAAACUGAGCUCGGAAAUAACGGGCUUGCCUAUGAUGGUGAAAAGGCUUUGUUCACAAUAAGCCGUCUACCUCAGAUAAACAAUGAGUUCCCUGUUAUGUUAGAUAACCUAUUUGAUUUUCAUGUGAAGCAUAGAUUAUGGGGAAAAACGUUUAAAGUUGAGCUUAGCUUAGUUGCUAAAAUUCCCAUACAAUCCAUUGAGAGUUCUAGUUAUCAAGAAGCAUUGAGAGUUCUAGUUAUCAUGCUAAGGCAGCACGCAGUAAAGAAAGGUUGUCAUCUAGUUCGUCGGUCCUUUUUCCAUGAUAAUCAAUCCAACUAUACAGAUUUGGGUGGCGGUGUAAUUGGUUGUAGAGGUUUUCACUCAAGUUUGCGUCUUGUGCAAGGUGGCCUUUCCUUAAACAUUGAUGUUUCUACCACCAUUAUUGUUAGACCAGGGCCAGUAAUUGACUUCCUUAUUGCCAACCAAAAUGUGAGGGAUCCUUUACAAGUUGACUGGGGAAAAGCGAAGCGGACGCUGAAAAAUUUACGAGUAAAGAUAAGAGACAUGGAAUGCAAAAUUACUGGUUUGAGUGAACUUCCAUGCAACCAGCAAACGUUUACAUUCAAGCCAAAAGGUGAUUCUGAGGUAAAUGCUAUGGAGAUAACUGUCUAUGAAUACUAUGUGAGCCAUCGUAGGACACCAUUGAGCUAUUCUGCUGAUCUCCCAUGCAUUAAAGUCGGGAAGUCUAAGAACCCCGCCUAUUUCCCGAUUGAGGUCUGCAAUCUGGUAUCUUUGCAAAGAUACACAAAAGGACUGACAGUUCAACAACGAGCUUCUUUUGUGGAGAAAUCAAGGCAAAAGCCUCAAGAAAGAAUGUCAUCCAUAACUAAUGCCUUGAAAUAUAUGAAGUAUGAUAGUGACCCUAUGUUACAAGUAUGUGGAGGUUCCAUCAGUCUCGACUACACUCAGGUUGAGGGGCGUGUUUUACAACCACCUAAGCUGAUAUUUGGAAAUGGUGAAGAAUUUCUACCAAGAAACGGCCGCUGGAAUUUGUACAACAAGAAAUUAUUUACACCAAUCGAAGUGGAUUGCUGGGCCGUUGUGAAUUUCUCUGAUCGAAGUGACACAAACAGUAUCAUACACGACCUAAUCACAUGUGGAAGCAUGAAAGGAAUUACUUUUAAACAGCCCCUUUUUGUUUUUGAGGAAAAUCCUUAUAUGAGGAGGGCCCUUCCUGCAGCAAGAGUGGAGGAUAUGUUUUAUCAAAUCAUGACAAAUCUACAUGAACCUCCAAAAUUUAUUCUUUGCCUUCUAUCAUCAAAGAGAAAUUCUUUAAUCUAUGGUCCUUGGAAGAGGAAGUGCCUUGUGGAAUUUGGAAUUGUGACACAGUGCAUGGCACCCAAAAGAGUCGAUAAUCAGUAUUUAACAAAUUUGUUAUUGAAGAUUAAUGCCAAGCUUGGUGGUAUGAACUCCUUAUUACAGCUUGAAAACAUUACUGCUUUUCCUAUUGUCUCAAAGGCUGCUACUAUAAUUUUGGGAAUGGAUGUUUCUCAUGGUUCUCCUGGAAGAUCUGAUGUUCCAUCAAUUGCUGCAGUCGUCAGUUCAAGGCAGUGGCCAUUGAUCUCCAAAUACAGAGCAUCAGUUCGAACACAAUCACCUAAGGAAGAGAUGAUUGAUUCCAUAUUUAAACUAGUUUCUCGUGCUGAUGGUAAGGGCACUUACGAUGAUGGAAUUAUUCGGUAA